UGUAAACAAUGGAACCAGAGGUUAGGAUUCCAUAACGAAUGUUCAUUCUUCUUCUUGUUUCUUUUCAAUUUCAUUUAAUGUAUUGAGGUUCUUCCGGUUAAUUUAGUUUAUUCUAGUUCUUUAAUUUUGAAUUUAUGUUAGCAAUGAGUGAUUUCGGGGAGAUCAGUUAUUCUUCUAAGAAAACAGCUGUGAGGAAGGCUGCUGAGGAGGUUACACAAGCUCUCAACACUAUUUCUGAUAUUUUCAAGACUUUCCAAGAAGACUACCUAGCUCUCCUCCUCGACAACGAGAACCUCCGUUCCCUGCUGAAGAAGUCCUCCCCCCCAGACCCUCAAGCCAUCUCCAAAAUCCUCCAAGAAUCCCCCAAGAAGGCCCCCUCCCCUCCGCCCCGCGUCCCCUCCCCCAUAAUCCUCUCCCAAGAGGAUGACCCAGAGACCCCAGGAAUAGUGGAAACGACUCAAUUCCCCAUAAAGCCCCGUCCCACUCCCUCUAAACUCCACAGGCCCCAGCCCAAAAAGGCCCUCUUCCCCCCCUUCAAGGACCACUCCGCCGUCGCCAGCACUUCAGAGACUCCGCGAAAGCCCCAGCCCCCGUCCAGAAUCCUCUCCCUCAGCAAGAAGAACGUGCAGACAAGGAUAAACUCAUCAGGAAAAGUGGAUAAGCAAUCGAAACUGGUUCUGCAGCCCCUCAGCCAGAAGACAGACAUCAACAGUAUCAAGAACACCUCCCUGAACACCACAAAUGUUGAUCCCCGAGACCUGGAGAUCGACGAGACAAUGUUUGAGAAGGCACUCACCCAGGAGAGGGCAGAAGUGAUCAACCUGAGUCCAAACCGGGAUAAUUCACGAAAAAAAGGGAGAUUGCGAUUGAAAUCAAAAGUUGAAAGUCUCCCUAAGCCUAAGGCUAAGCCCCAGUCACCGCACGAUGAUAUUGUCCUCUCUGACUUUGAAAUGGAGGAAAUGGAGCCAUCACUAACUCAGAUCGAGAAGGAAGCCAUCACUCAGAGCAGAAAGAAGGAGAAAAAACAGGGGGAGAAGGAGAAUCAAGAGAGGUCUGAGCCAGCAGUUCGAGUGAAUACCAUCGACUUGGAUUGUGAGGAGGAGUCCAGGGCUGAUCCUGAUGAGACGUUUUUCCCAAGGGGAGAAACCAGCUCUAGGGGGAUGCAAAAGGAGAAUGCAACCAGGAAGAGAUUACCUGAAGAUGAUGGACUAGUUGACAAGGCAACGGAUAAAAUAUUUGAUAUGGAUGUCGAUGGGGACUGGGACACAGACGUCUCCAUGGACAAGUGGACAAGUCCACCCUCGAAGAAAUUGAUGGACAGUUUUGAUGUUGUUCCUGAGAAGAAGGACCCUAAUUUUGCGUAUAAGGGGCCUGCAGUCCGGGGCAAGAAUGAGAGGGCGAAGUUGAGGGGCUGGAGCUGCAAGGAUUGUCAGGUUUAUUACGAGAAUAUGAAUCUUACGGAGGAGGAGUUGAAGAAGAGGAUGGACCAGUGCUCCAGGCACCGGUCCAAGUACAAUGAGAAGUAUAACACACCUCCUGGCUUCUGGAAUCCUGUGUUUGAUAAUACACCUGCCAGUCAGCAAACUAUUCGUCAAUGAUUGCUUUGGGUUUUGAUUAGUUGAUUGGAGUUGAGUAAUUUAUUGGGAGAGGAUAUUUGGAGAAGGACAAUUCAUUGGUUGAUUCAUUAUAGAGAGGUGGGGAAUUGAGAAUUUUUGGACAUUCCUUGUUCCAGAAGUACUAUUUGUUUGUAAAUAGUUUGGGGAGGAUUCUCUUUUUAUUUUUAACUGUUGGAAGAAAUUGAGAAAACUGCGUAGAUUUGUCUUUCCAAUUUUCCCUCAUUUUCGGAGUUCAUUUUCUAGUAACUACUUUUUGGAUAAUGUUUACUAUUUUUAUAGACGAAAAAAUUUGAAUAGAAGAUUUGCGAGUGAGGAAUUCUCGAAUGAAUUUAAUAUUGAUUAAUUCUGUGAAUUGAUAACCUGUGAAUUAUUGAUCACAAAAGAAAAAUAAGUAAAUAACUAAAAAUAGGGAUCUAAAGGUUGAAUAAUAUUCGCUAUUUUUAUAAAAUAAAAAAUUAAAAUAAAAAAUUCGAGAGUGGGAAAUACUAAAAUGAAUGAAUUAAUUAAUUCUGUGAAUUGAAAGUGUGUGCAUUAUUAACUACAAAAGAAGAAAGGAAGAUUUAAUUUCUGUACAUUAUUAAUAGCGCUUUUCUUGGCGCGGUUUUUUCUCCAACUUAUCUGGGUAUGUUUCUUCGAAAUGAAUUUUUUUGUUUCGAAUUUUGACGUGUUUCUUGGGGACUGAAAUAAUUUCCAACCCCUCACCCCACACCCCCUUGCCUGAUAGGGUUCAAUUGUUUUAUCGAAAUUUCAAUUCCCAAAAAAUACGUCGAAAUUGAAAACAAAAUAAGUCGUUUCAAAGUAACACACCCGGAUAAGUUAGAAAAAAAACAUGUCAAGAAAAGUGCUAUAAGAGUAGAAAUAAAAUGUUGAAUAAAUUACAUAAUUUUCAUAAAUUAAUUUUGAGCAAAAUUGUAAAUUCAACAAUAAUUUAAUUCAUCUUGAAUUAUUAAUUGUAAAAGAGGAUACAGAUUUAAUUUUUGUGUAGAUUUUUGUCGUUUAUUAAAAAUAAAAAUGAA